AUGUGCCGUCGCAUAUGUCAUCAACUCGGCCCCGUUGCCGCCCUUUCUGGCCCCUCGCGGCCCCUUCGCGGCCCUCCCGCCGCCCUUCACUGCGGCCCCGUCGCCCUUCGCGUCGGCCCCGCCGCCCUUCGCUGCGGCCCCGCCGCCCUUCACUGCGGCCCCGUCGCCCUUCGCUGCGGCCCCGCCGCCCUCCGCUGCGGCCCCGUCGUCGCCCUCACCUGCGGCCCGUCGCCGCCCUCAUCUGCGGCCCCGUCGCCGCCCUCACCUGCGGCUCGUCGCCGCCCUCACCUGUGGCUCAUUGCCGCCCUCACCUGCGGCCCCGACGCCGCCCUCAGCUUCGGCCCCGUCGCCACCCUCACUUGCGGCCCGUCGCCGCCCUCGAUUGCGGCCCCGCCGCCCUCACCUGCGGCCCCGUCGCCUACCUAUGGCCCCACCCACUUGAUGCCCCGACCCCGCCCCGGCCAUGCCUCGUCGCCAGCUGCAGCACACCGGGGGCACGUGCACCGCCCCCCCCCCCUUUUCCCGUCACCUGUCGAGGCGACCUGA